AGCCUCGAAAGUGUAUGCUUUAGUGAGGGCAAAUUUCCAUCGCGUAUCUAAAUUGAAGAUUGUGACUAGUUUCGACGAAUGAGAACUUGGUGACAUGUUCGCCUAGUGCCUAGUAAAAUUUUGAGUGAGUUCCUUCGCAAAAAAUUGAAAGCGGCCUACAGAUAGCGUGGGGAACGACAAGAAGAUCGAUCAUCCGACGCCGACGCCGCGACGCCCCCCACCGUCCGCGAACCGACGUGGUGACGACCGUGCGACAGCUGGUCGAGCGAGAACUGAACUGAAAAGCCAUGAAGACGCUUCUCCUCGUGUCCUCUGUGGGGUUCCUCGCGUUCCUCGUCUUGGGGUCCGUCGCCGGGUUCGAGUUCAAGCACCACAACAAUGACGAGCUGCUCGCAGUGCUGCGUGACGUCAACGCUAGGUGCGAGAACGUCACUCGAGUGUACGCGCUCAAUGAGCCGUCGGUGCUCGGAGUGCCCCUCUAUUUGAUCGAGUUCGGUACCAGGCCCGGGCGCCACGAGCCCCUGAAACCCGAGUUCAAGUACAUCGCGAACAUGCACGGCAACGAGGUACUGGGCCGCGAACUUUUGCUCAAACUCGCGGACCACCUGUGCGAGAGGUACCUCGCGGGCGACCCCGAGAUCACCCUCCUGAUCCGCACCACCAGGAUCCAUCUGAUGCCCAGCAUGAACCCCGACGGCUGGCAGCUGGCCACCGACACGGGCGGCCAGGACUACCUCAUAGGACGUACUAAUAACAACUCUGUGGAUCUGAAUCGAAACUUCCCCGACUUAGACCGCAUAGCGUUUACCAACGAGGUGGAGAACGUUGACCGGAAUAAUCAUCUGCUCGAGCAAGUUACCCGCAUCAACGAUCCCUUGCAGCCCGAGACCCGAUCGGUCAUCCGCCUAAUAAUGCAGAUCCCGUUCGUUUUGUCCGCAAAUUUGCACGGCGGAGACUUGGUGGCGAACUACCCCUACGACGAGAGCCGAUCCGGUAGUCAGAAGGACGAAUACACUGCGACGCCUGACGACGAGACGUUCCGGUAUUUGGCGCGCGUAUACGCGGACAACCAUGCGGACAUGGCGAAUGUCAACAGAAAGAGCUGCGGCGACGCGGACAGCAACCACUUCGCGAAGCAGGGCGGUAUCACGAACGGAGCGCAGUGGUACAGCCUGCAGGGCGGCAUGCAGGACUUCAAUUACUUGUCGAGUAACGACUUCGAGUUGACGUUGGAGCUAGGCUGCGAGAAAUACCCUGCGGCGUCCACCUUGAGAGACGAAUGGCAGCGGAAUCGACGGGCGCUACUGAGUUUCGCGUGGCAGAGUCACAUCGGUAUCAAGGGCGUGGUCUAUGACAGCGAAUCCAAGAUGCCGGUCAGCAACGCUGUCGUCCACGUUAGGAACGUCACCGGCGGACAGUCGGCCGACAUCAAACACGACGUUACGUCAGUAAAUGGUGGCGAUUACUAUAGAUUACUUACGCCCGGCACCUACAAGGUGACCGUCUACAAGGAGGGCUACUUCCCGCACACCAAGCUGGUGACGGUUACGAAUCCGCCAUUUUCCGAAGCCCAGAGGGUCGAUUUUCCCCUGAGACCGCUGGCGAAUUCAAAACGUUGGCAGAAACUCGCGUCCCACCGCUUAUCCAAAUACAACCGGCGGAUAAUUUUCUUGAUUCGAAACUCCGAGACCAGUACGGCAGCCAAAGCCAAGGUUGGGCGACUUGGGCAGACGAAAGGGAACCGGUCCUCGAACCCAUAGCCCUUCAGUAGUUAAUAUAUAACAUACAUAACGGGUCGUGCACGUUAUUUGUUUCCGUUUCGGUCGAUUUCUUGUAGAUUUAGGCAAAAAUUUUAGCGCACUAUAUCAUAACAAUAAAUAAACUAAAUGAGUUGUAGCACAUAUAUGGAAUCUGACAAGAAUUAACUGUCUAUCAGAAUUAUCCAAGGAACGUUGAAUUAAAUAUAAUUCAUUACAUGGA